GGUGUUAUCCAGCGCAGCCUUCUAUGACUGGCUUGAAGUUCCAGUGAGAACACUCCAGGAAUUCCAUAAGGCAACUCUGUCUCUGAUUGGCCGCAGACGUGAGCCAAUAGACACAAAAAGGACUGCAUGUCCUAUGAACUCACAGCCAACAUACAUUGAAUCAGGAUUAAGUAGAAGAAUGACAACACGUGAUGACUGCAAAUGACUACAUGUUAAAAUGUUUUCCUAUUUUUUCCUCUGUGCUUCAAGAGCCCAUCCCAGCCAGCCGUGACGCUGCAAAGUGAAGAUCAACAAGAGCUAAAGUAUCUUGCCUGUGUUCUGUGUGCGUGUCCCACACUGGUAAACAUGAGCCUCACAUAACAGGUGGGCUCAGCCCGUCACGCUGCCUUGAGGUCAUGUGCAGAAAGGUGGCCAUAAAUUGAGCCUCUUGGCGACGAGACAAGCAGUGAGCAGGCAGCAAGAGAUGAGGGCAGUGGAAGGAACGCCUCAAGGAUCCGCUCUACACAUUGCUGCUUGGGGAUUAUUACACUUCAGUGGACUAUAACAGAGGUGCAAAAAUGGCCGUCGUCAUGAAAGCCAAAGACGUGAUGCCUUCAGCGACUGUGAAGUUCUUUGGUGCUGGCACUGCCGCAUGCAUCGCUGACCUCAUCACCUUCCCACUGGACACGGCCAAAGUGCGACUCCAGGUUCAGGGAGAGAGUCAGAAAUCGGAUGGUGGCAAUGCGAAGAAAUACCGCGGCGUGUUUGGCACCAUCAGCACUAUGGUGCGCACUGAAGGGCCCAGGAGUCUUUACAACGGCCUGGUGGCAGGGCUGCAGAGGCAGAUGAGCUUCGCCUCGGUACGAAUCGGCCUUUACGACUCCAUGAAGCAGUUCUACACCCGCGGCACAGAAAGUUCUGGGAUCGUAAUCCGGCUCAUGGCGGGAUGCACCACCGGCGCCAUGGCUGUGGCCUUUGCUCAACCGACAGACGUGGUGAAAGUACGCUUUCAAGCCCAGGCUCGCCUGUCUGACGGCGGGAGAAGAUAUAACGGCACUCUGGACGCCUACAAGACCAUUGCCCGGGACGAGGGCGUUCGGGGGCUCUGGAAAGGCUGCAUGCCCAACAUAACUCGCAACGCCAUCGUUAACUGUUCGGAGCUGGUGACCUAUGACAUCAUCAAGGAGCUCAUCCUGAAGUACAACUUGAUGUCAGACAACCUGCCGUGUCAUUUCACGGCUGCCUUCGGUGCAGGCUUCUGUACCACAGUGGUGGCGUCGCCUGUGGACGUGGUUAAAACGCGCUUCAUGAAUUCAGGCACCAACCAGUACAGCAGCGCCAUCAACUGUGCGGUCACCAUGCUGAAGAAUGAAGGACCCCCAGCCUUCUAUAAAGGGUUUAUGCCUUCUUUCCUGCGACUGGGCUCCUGGAACAUUGUCAUGUUUGUGACCUACGAACAAAUCAAACGAGGCAUGACCAAGUAUUGGGAGUCACCGUUUUGACCAAAACAGCGUUUGGCGUAGAGAAGUUGAAACUUUCCACAAUGGUGGAUCAUCACGGUCAUUAGCACCAGUCACAGGAGGCCGCAGGGAGCACCUCAGAUGCCUUUCUUGUUGUCAAAGCUCAGGUAGACGCAAGACGAACUUGCCAUAAUUAAACUGACAUUUGUCAAAAGAGGAAGUGAAGCGAUUUCCUGCGUGGACUUCAGACCUCUUUGGAUUUUAGGAGCGCAUGUGGAAGAGUACCAAAAUAUGAGGAUCAAAAUGUGGUGUUAGAUUUGUAUUUUUACAAGAUUAAAGUCAAAGGAUCCUGUGGAAAUGUUGUAUAAUAAUGUUAUGUUUUUAAGCACACACUGAGCCUUUACUGCAAUGUGCCAGUUUUGUUGAGUUUACAGUCCGUUGUAGGGUAUGUAAUGAAUACUAGGAUUUGCUGCAAAUCGAUAAUUUUGUUCGUGCGGAGCGACUCCAGGCCUGCAGACUUAACACACACACAGACAUGCACACAGACCCCCACCACACGCCUUUGUCACUGCUUAUCUCCUUGUGGUGUGAAGGUGGACGGAGCAGCGCCAGAGGCCCGAACCGGAUGCCCACCCGAAGAAGUCCUGUGUUUUCUGUGUGUCAUUACGUGUUUUAUUUGUGCUAUUGUAGCUAGAGCUGUUUUUACUAGCCCCAAACUGAGCCCCCCGCACCUUCAUAGAAGAUUGUCUGGAAUCUACUUUCUUUUUACUCACCUCCUGUUUACCUUUCCCCACCUAUUACGGGGCGCCGCCUUCGUGGCGACCACAAUGUUCCUGUUCUGUAUACCCUGUAUGAUGUAUGUGUGAUCCU